AUGACAUCUUUUUGUUUUUCUCUUUUCGUAUAUAUCUUAUCUACUACAAUAAACACGCCUCUCACUCAUAAAACAUGUCUGUACAAUCCGCAAGCAGCUGCCGACGAAGUUUUAGUGUUUAAGCAUUACAAUCAAGAUGAAGUGAUUUUGGGCAAACCAAUGCAUGAAUGGCUUCGAUUUGCUGUGUGUUUUUGGCAUACAUUCCGUGGUCUUGGUGCUGAUAUGUUUGGUGCAUCAACACUUGAUCGCCCGUGGGAUCAACAGCAAUCCGAUCCGAUGUCGAUCGCGAAAGAUCGUCUACGAGCUGCUUUUGAAUUCUUUUCAAAACUCGGAAUCAAAUAUUAUACCUUUCACGAUCGAGAUAUUGCACCUGAAGGUGAAACGAUUGAAGAGACCGAACGAAAUUUGGAUGAAAUUGUUCAAUUGGCUAAACAAUUACAGAAAGAAACAGGUAUUAAAUGUUUAUGGGGUACUGCAAAUUUAUUCGGAAAUCCAAGAUACAUGAAUGGAGCAGCAACAAAUCCUGAUGCGCAUGUUUUUGCAUAUGCAGCUGCUCAAGUUAAAAAGGCAAUGGAAGUUACACAUGAAUUAGGUGGCGAAAACUAUGUUUUCUGGGGUGGCCGUGAAGGUUAUAUGACAUUGUUGAAUACAGAUGUGAGAAAAGAAUUGGAUCAUUUUGCUGCUUUUCUACGAAUGGCUGUUGAACAUAAGAAAAAGAUUGGCUUCAAAGGACAACUUCUCAUUGAACCAAAGCCAAAAGAACCAACAAAACAUCAAUAUGACUACGAUGCACAAACUGUCAUGGGUUUUCUUAAUUACUACGGCUUAGAUAAAGAUUUCAAAUUGAAUAUUGAACCAAACCAUACCACAAUGGCUGGUCACGCAUAUGAACAUGAUGUGGAAAUGUGUUCUCGUUACGGAAUGCUCGGUUCAAUCGAUUCGAACACCGGUGAUUCAUCACUCGGUUGGGAUACUGAUCAGUUUCCUAUGAAUUUACGUGAUUGUGCAUUUCUUAUGCGAACAAUCAUCGCUCAAGGUGGACUUGCUCCUGGCGGUUUGAACUUCGAUUGCAAAGUUCGUCGUGAAUCAACCAAUCUUCAAGAUAUGUUCAUUGCGCAUAUUGGUGCUAUGGAUUGUUUUGCAUUGGCCUUACGUAAAAUGGCACGUUUAUUCGAAGAGAAGAAGUACGAUGCAUUAGUUCAACAACGUUAUGCAUCGUAUGCGAAUACAGACAUCGGCAAGAAAAUCGAGAGUGGAAAGGCAACAUUCGACGAAUUGCAUGCAUUUAUUAAGAAAAAUGGCGAACCAUCGAAAACAUCGGGUGAACAAGAAAAAUACGAAGCAAUUUUUAAUCGAUAUUUGGAUUAA